GGGGCGCUGGUCGGCGGGAGGUGUUACUGCACGGUAGGCCCCUGUAUCCCGGUGUUCCGGGUGUCCUGAGGCCCAGUGUCCCGGCGCCCUGGUGUUCCUAGUCGCCCAGAGUUCCGUGUCCCCGGUGUCCCGAAGCCCCAGUAUCCUCAAUGUCCCGGUAUCCCGCUGUCCCGUUGUCCCCGGCCGUGUCGCAGCAAUACGGCGCAUGCGCCUGGCGCGCCCCGCCCGGUUGAGCGGUGCCGCGGAGCGCCAGCAGGGGGCGGUGCGCCGCGCGGCCUGUCGCGGCCUGUCGCUCCCUGUCGCUCCCUGUCGCGGCCUGUCGUUCCCUGUCGCUCCUUGUCGUUCCCUGUCGCGGCCUGCGGCGGGGCCGGGCCCGGGGCCGGUGGCAGGGACAUGGCGUCGCGGCGGGGGAGUCGGUCUCGGAACCGGAGUCCUCCUGGCAAGAAGGAAAAGUCUUUUGAACGACCCUCUUUAACAAUGGAAGAGCCUGAGCCUGAGCCUGUUCCAUAUGUUCUCCAACGACAAGACUUCCAGGCACUUGAAAUUAAAGAGGAGGACCUGGAGAAACUCCAUGCUCCAUGCCUUGCCUAUGGUGCUGGGAGAAUUCCAGUUCGGAGGAAUUACCUUGUCCGAAAAUACCGACCCAAGGAGGUGGCACAUCUCGUGGCACAUCCUGUUCCCCCCAAGGCACCCAGAGGACCACUGACUUUUCCUGGACCAAGACAGUUUGAUGAUGGCUGUGAAGGGAUCCUCCCUCAUCACAUUUUGGGAAGUCUCCAGGAGUUAAAGAUGGAAGCCUUGGCCAAAAGAAACACUCAGCUAGCAGAUGCUAUUAAGGUUCCUCAUCCAGAUGUUACUGCAGCAGCUUUAGAAGAGGAACAUGGAGAAGAGAAGAAAGAAAAGUCACAUCAGGCCCAACUAGCAGAGCACAAAGCUUUCCAGAACUGGAGCCAUCAUAUGGCAAUGAGGAAAAAGCAGGAGAAACACCUAGGAGAAAUUCUUCACAAGCCAGAGAAUGAACUGCUGAUGAACAUGUCAGACAAUUACAGGCAAAUCCAGGAAGAACGUGACCUCAUUGACCGGAGUCUCCCUGCCCUAUUUCCUGGAAAGGGAUACCGAGUGGGAAGUGAGUUCUGGAGCCUUCCUGAGCAAAUUGGGGAUGAUCUCACCGGGCUGACUCUGACCCUGACCCGGACAGAACGUGGGCACCCAGAACCACUCACUCAUGUGGGGAAGCCCCGAACCAUCCAGAGGGAAACAGGUCUGAAGCCUCCAAAGAAGAUUCCUUACCACGUAAACUGGGAUAAGAGUCUUUUCCUGAAACAUCGACGGCAGGAGCUAAAAUCUCUCCUAGAGGAGCUGGGCUUUUAUAAGCCGGAUCUGGAAGGACUGGAGGUGAUUGGGAAAGGGCAGCCUUUCACAUCUGUCUCAGCUGAGGCUUUUCUACAUACCACCAUUUCUGAAGAGAUUGAGAUCCUGAGUGACCCCUUAGGUGACUCCUUCACUGUGGUUCCAGAAGCUGAAAAGGUUCCAUCUUUAGUUUUCUGUGGCCAGCCUGCUCGUUGGAUCAAGGGCAUCACUGCUUGCAGGGAGGAAAUUGGUAUUGCUGCCCGGCUCACCUUUGAGACUCUGGCUAGUGAGAAGGCUGAAAGCUUCCUGACAGUGACCAAUGAUGGCAUAGCUUCCAUUUGGUACAACUGGAUGAGGCUUCCCCAGCAGAUCCCCUCCAGAGAAACCAAGGGGAGGAGAGGGCCCUGCUUUUACUUUGAUACCAGACCAGGUGUAAUUUUGCCUGGAGAAACUCGGACGUUUUCUUUUAUUUUCAAGUCAGAGAGAGCAGGCAUUUUCAGUGAACCCUGGGAAUUUAGGACACAUCCUCUGUUAUUAGGAGGAGCUCUGCUUCAGGUGACCCUUUGGGGAAUUGCUGUGUAUGAGGAUAAACUGGCUGACUUCAGAGAGAAAUUGGAGAAUGAGCUGGCUGCUCGAGAAGGUGCUUCUAUAGUGAAAGAAAGCCUGAACGAACUUCUUGACCAAAUUCGGACCCCCGAAUGCACCCCAUCUCCUGUGGAUGCCUGUGUCACAGAGGAAGAGCUGUUCCACAGGAAAAAUCCCGAGUUGCAUUAUCAACAUCAAGUGAUAAAGCAGCUGCAUAAACUAUGGAGACAGCACCUGACUGUGCCUUCAGGCUUGGAGGAGGAAGUGCCCUUGGACCAGAGGAGCACUGCAGAAGGCAUGGAGUACCAGAAGAGCACCUUGGAGCCUCCCUCUGUCCGGAGCAGCACUACUGAGCCCCCACGUGGGAAGUACGCAUUACAGGAUGCUCCAAGGGAAAAGAGCACUGAGGAGGAAGAAGCAGGUCCUUCAGGAUGGAACCUUUCCAUUGAGGACUUUAAACAGGCUAUAAUGUCAAUCUCUGGGGAGGAGCAGCGGGAAGAAGCACUGACCCAGCUCAAUAAGGCAGCUCUGGAGCUGUGUGUUGAACAGAGGCCCACUCAGUCAGACCUUCUGUAUCCACUCUGCCUCCAGCUGUGGCGUGGAGCAAUUGAUGACUUGGUGUGUCACUCUCUGAGGCUGAGAUCUGUGCUUGGUUUGAUUAAGAAGGACGCCUAUGCAGAAACAGAGGAAGUAAAGCAAGGAGGAGCAAAAAAAGGAGGAAGGGAAGACAAAGUAUUUGCUAAGAAAGAAGAGAAAAAGGAUAAAGAAGGCAAAAAAAGUAGAGGGACAUCAGGGAAGGAGAAGGUGGAUCAUUCAGGCAGCAGAAAGCUGAAAGGUUCCAUUUCUGUGCACGAUAUGAAAGGGGGAGCAGAGUCCAUCAAAGGAAGAGGUGAGAAGCAGAAGGUGAAAGAGGAAGCUGCAACUACAGUUGGGGCAGAACCUGUUCAGGAGGACUCUAUUUUACUUGCAAGAUACCGGGAAAAGCUCUACACUGAAGUUUACAGGCUGCUGGAUUCAAUGGUGAGCAAAAUGGUGUCUUUAUUUGAGGAUCUGAAGCACUAACAUGCUCUGAAGUGGGAGUGAAGCCCUUUGUAUGUAGAAAUAGACUUGCUUUAAAAAAAAUACAAUAAAUAACCAUA